GGUGGUGCCUUGUGUGUGAUUUAGUAGGAAAGCAUUUCGUCUCAUUUUCUUAGCAAAUCUUAGUUAGGCCCUUCUCUUUCCAUGUCCUUUUUCUCUACCUUCUUCUCUCUCACGCAGAUAUAAAGUGAUGUAUUGAAUCACUUUUUGGUUCCAACCACCUGUAUCUAACUCUGGAAAAACAGAGAGAGAACAGAGCAAAACAGAGGAAAAACAGAGAAGGACAUGGAAGCUGCAAUGCCGGGAAAGACUCUACUGUGGAUUAUGAUUUGUAGCUUGUUUAUCACAGUUCAUGUUUACGGAGAAUCCUCUCAGAUGGGUCAUUUUUCGAGGAGUGAUUAUCGAGACCAAAUGCGAAGACUGCAAGAGUUCAAGGCCUCAUUAACCGGGCACGAUUCGGGUUCUUUUGUUGCACCAUCUUCAGUCUCACCUGCUCCUAGCCCUAACCCUAACCCUCCGGGGAGGACUAGUCCUCGUGUGUAUCACGUGACAACGUACGGUGCUGAUCCUACCGGGAACAGGGACAGCACUGAGGCCUUGGCUCAGGCAUUUGCAGAUGCAUUUAGAGGUCCAUCAGAAGGGUUCUUGAUGGAGGGAAUUAGCAACCUUGGUGGUGCACAGAUCAAUCUUGAAGGUGGCCAGUACCUGAUUAGCAAACCGCUCCGGCUUCCUGCUGCCGGAGUAGGAAACCUUAUGAUUCAUGGAGGAACGUUGAGGGCCUCAGAUAACUUCCCGACUGAUGGGUACUUGAUUGAUUUAUCUACUUCAUCAUCAUCAUCCCCCAACAAGAAUGAAAAAAACAAAGAGAGCUCAUCAUCAAUGUCUGCACAGCUUUCUUCAUCAUCCUACAACUAUGAGUACAUAACCCUAAAAGACCUUAUGCUAGACGCCAACUACAGAGGUGGGGGCAUUUCAGUCAUAAACUCACUCAGAACCAGCAUAGACAAUUGCUACAUAACCCAUUUCAACACCGAUGGCAUUCUAGUCCAAAGUGGCCAUGAAACCUACAUCAGGAACUCCUUCCUAGGCCAGCACAUCACCGCGGGCGGUGAUCACAACGAAAGAAACUUUUCCGGCACUGCAAUCAACCUUAAGGGAAAUGACAAUGCUGUGACAGAUGUGGUGAUUUUCUCCGCUGCUGUAGGUAUAAUGAUUUCGGGACCGGCUAAUAUACUUUCGGGUGUACAUUGCUACAAUAAGGCCACAGGUUUCGGAGGUGUUGGGAUUUACUUGAGAUUGCCUGGUUUGACACAGACUAGGAUUGUCAAUUCUUACAUGGACUACACUGGAAUAGUUGCUGAAGACCCAGUUCAGCUUGAUAUAUCAAACAGCUUCUUCCUUGGUGAUGCAUACAUUGUGUUGAAAUCAAUAAAGGGUGUUGCCAAUGGGGUUAAUAUAGUUAACAACAUGUUCACUGGGUACAAUAAGGGGAUUGAAAUUGUUCAAUUGGACCAAUCAAAUGGGGGUUUCAAGGAGAUUGAGCAAGUUGUUGUGGACAGGAAUGCUGUGAGGGGGAUGAACAUAAAGGGCACAAUUGGAAGGAGAACUGUGCAAGGCAAUGGAACCUCAUGGAAUAUAGACUUUAACCCAAUUCUUCUAUUUCCUAAUCUUAUUAGGCAUGUGCAGUACUCUUUGAGCACUGGUGCUAGAAAUGUGUUCCCCAACCAUGCCCUGAGGAAUGUAUCAGAUAAUCGGGUCGUGAUUGAGUCAGAUGUGGCGGUUCCAGCUUCGGUUUUUGUGACAGUGGAUCAAGGAAUGUCAAACUAAAGAAGGGCUGAAGCUAAUGACCUGAAAAUUGUAUCAAGAUUUAUUGAGUGGAGAAUUGUGAAUAGAUCGGAAUUUAUGGAUAUAUUUUAUACUUACUAAUUACUA